AUGUUCCGCAAAACUGCCCUUCUAGCCUCCGCUGUCGCGAUCCUUCCUUUCUCGUCCGCCCUGGUCUCCAACGAUUUCGAGAGCGGAUGGGACCAGACGGCAUGGCCCAUCUAUGCGCCCGACUGCAACCAGGGCGGCAAGGUGACCCUCGAUAGCACGACCGCCCACAGCGGGAAGAACUCUAUCCGGGUUGACGGCGCUGGUGGUUACUGCGGCCAUGUUUUCUUUGGCACAGACAAAGUCCCCAGCGGCGAUCUCUAUGUCAGGACUUACCUUAAAGCGUCCAAGGCCCUGACCGCAUCGCACGUUACCUUCAUGACUAUGCCUGACCCAGCCCAGGGUACCAAGAAGCAUCUCCGUAUUGGCGGCCAGAACUCGAUCCUGAUGUACAAUCGCGAGUCGGAUGACGCUACUCUCCCCGACCUCUCGCCACAGGGCGUCGCCGCUUCGGUGGCCCUGCCCACCGGCAGCUGGGAGUGCUUCGAGUACUACAUCGGCACCGACGGUAGCAUCGAAACCUGGCUCAACGAUGCCGCGAUUGCCGGUCUAACGGUCGGGCCGGGCGUCUCCAACCCCAAUGCCGGCGGCUGGACACGCAGCUCCAUCAUUCCCAAACCCUCGGCCGUCUACUUCGGCUGGGAGUCGUACGGCGGCGACAGCAACACGUUCUGGUACGACGAUAUUGUGGUGAGCUCGACGCGUGUCGGGUGCUCCGGUGGUGGCAACACCAACAGCACGACCACGGCUCCCCCGUCGUCGACGACUCUUGUCACGUCGACCACCACCACGACCAACACUGCGCCGGCUACCUCCACCACGAGCAGCGGCUGCAACGCCGCUCAGUGGUCACAAUGCGGGGGCCUCGGGUUCACGGGCUGCACGACGUGUGCUGCCCCAUAUACUUGCAAGUACUCGAAUGACUACUACUCGCAGUGCCUGUGA